CCAUCCGCAACGACGAGGAGCUCAACAAGCUGCUGGGCAAGGUGACCAUCGCGCAGGGCGGCGUGCUGCCCAACAUCCAGGCCGUGCUGCUGCCCAAGAAGACCGAGAGCCACCACAAGGCCAAGGGUCAGUAUUUUUUUCUGGAAUGGCUCGGACCAAGCAGACAGCGCGCAAGUCCACCGGCGGGAAGGCCCCGCGCAAGCAGCUGGCCACCAAGGCCGCCCGCAAGAGCGCACCGGCCACCGGCGGCGUCAAGAAGCCGCACCGCUACCGGCCCGGCACCGUGGCCCUGCGCGAGAUCCGCCGCUACCAGAAGUCCACCGAGCUGCUGAUCCGCAAGCUGCCCUUCCAGCGCCUGGUGCGCGAGAUCGCGCAGGACUUCAAGACCGACCUGCGCUUCCAGAGCUCGGCCGUCAUGGCGCUGCAGGAGGCGUGCGAGGCCUACCUGGUGGGCCUGUUCGAGGACACCAACCUGUGCGCCAUCCACGCCAAGCGCGUCACCAUCAUGCCCAAGGACAUCCAGCUUGCGCGCCGCAUCCGCGGGGAGAGGGCAUAAGCUUAACGCAAGUGGUAGUCUUGAACUCAAAGGCUCUUUUCAGAGCCGCUUAACUCUCACCAAUAGUGGCUGUUGCACUAUUGCGUUAGCUGUUAGUAGCUUCAAGUUAGGCGCAGGACUAACAAACGGGACUCGGGGUUCCUACCAAGAUAGUGGUCUCAUUUUCCUCAAGCGAAGUAGAUUAAAGUGUUAGUAAAGUCGGACAUGCAGUGUAAUAGGUACGUGUUGCUAAUCACCACUUGGCAAGAACAAUUUCUUGGGUAUAAAGUCACUACCUGAAUCCUGCAAGAAAGUCCCAUGUAAGAAGCAGGAAGGAGGGAUCAGGCCACAGGGAAGAACUAACCACCCUGUAGACAUGGAGUUAAGCUCAUGGAUAACCAGAACCUCCCUCCCCAUUUUGAGUAUUACUCUGGUAGCAGAGUUGGACCUAACUUAAUCCUCUGAUGUCCUCACUGCAUAGGGAAGGGCAACUUGAACGUGGACUAAUUUGAAUGAACUCCAGGUUUCGGGGAAGAGCACAUGUAGGUUUAAAUUGGACAGUAUUGGUAUUGUGCCUAGCAUCUAGCAUUAGUGGGCAGACCUCAGAUUUUGUUACUGACAAUUGCUCUUUCACGACUCCGUAAGACAAAACAAAAACCGACUUUGGCUGAAACUGUUUCUUGAGAAAAUGGGUUAGUGUUUACACGGAUCUUUUUUCUUAUGAGAGUUGUGUUAUUCAUUGUUUACCAGUAGCACCUGGUAACCCUAUAGGAUAAAGCUCCAAAAUGUUUCCUUCACACCCAUUCCAAAUUUGAUAUAA